UUGUUUUGGUAUAUAUUUUUUUUUUUUUAAUAAAAUCUCUUUGAGGUUUGUUGUUGACGAAGAAGAAGAAGAACCCAGAAUUUUACACUUCAAAUGGCUUACGUUGAAGGAGGUGUGGUUAAAGCGAAGCGACCUAUAUGGAGACUAAGGACGAUCAAGGAUUUCUUCUUGUCCAUCAUUAAUCUGAUACAAGUCUUCUUUAUGACCAUGUUCUCGAUGGAGAAAUCAGAUGCUUACAGGAAAGGUUCUAAGUCUAACAAGAAGUGGGAUGGUGGCAUGGGUGGUGGCGGAGGCGGCGGUGGUGGUGGUGGUAGCGGUGGUGGACCCCCUCGACCUCCUCGUGGGGGCCUCGACAAUGUGCGUGGCUUGAAUGAUAUCCGUGGAGCUGACCACAAUUCCCUACCGGCAUGUGGAUCGUGCUGUGGCUGAGCCUCGUUCAUGUGGAGCGCCUAAGAAUAAGCGAACGGAUUAUAUCAUAUAAAUAUUAUCUAUUGUUGAAACGAUGCUUUGUAAUUUGAGGAAGCAGUGAACGAAGAUUCUGGUGUAUUUGUAUUUGCGUCUAAUCAAGCUUUUUGUACUUAUUAGAUGAA